CCCUCAACAAACCCUUGAAAUACGUAUUGGUAUGUUACAAUUUACUAGUAAUUAUGCUGGUUGAAUACGGUUUUUCAGACCCAACUAAGUCCUGAUCUUGGUCUUAUCGUCCGUCCGUUUGCCCGCCAUAUUACCACCCUCGUGGUUGUGUUGGAUGCUGCUGAAGGAGCCCAGCCGCAGACUCCUUUAGGUGAGUUGACGAUGGCGCGGUCUUUUGUUGUUUUUACUGUCGGACAACUACUCGAGGAUCCAGUUCCUUGUUCGCAGCAUAGGUUCUAGUUGUCAGUGUGUAGUAUUUCCUGCGGUAACAGUAGAAAUCCGAGGACAUUGGCUCGGCUAAUCGAAACAUCACUGACCUCUGCUUCUUUCCCUCCCUUGCUGGCAUCGAUCAAUUAUCGAAUCGAACCACUCGAUCCACAGCCAUAUCUAAUAAAUCGUUCGGAUGGAGGCAUCUGCAUCAGCAAGUGCCACAUCUUCAGCCGCGUCUUCCGUAGACGGGAGGGGAGGCGGCGAAUACCUUAAUCUCGGGAUGUUCGGAGGCCAACAACAACAAUCAGGCGUAAGCGACUUGCUGCUAGGAGCAGGCGGAUUUGGCAGCUCGUUGGGGAAUGGGUUUGGCAAUGAUGGCAAUUCGGCAAAUUCUUCCAAUGCAGGGGCUUCUUCAACUGGCGGUUCUGCGUUUGACUUGAGCGAUUUUCCUAGUUUAGGAGGCAACACAAAUGGUGUGCAGCAAGCAGGGAACUCUGGCAACGGCCUCGCUGCUGCUCUGCGACAACAACAGCAACUUAUUCAACAUCAGCAAAUGCUACAAGGCAGCAACCCAAAAUCAUCCAAUCUGUAUCGACUGGCCAUGUCGUCAGGGGCCAACGGAGGAGCAGGAGCAAACUUCAACAUGGCAACAGAAGAUUUUCCAGCGCUGCCGGGAGCACCUCCCGCUGGAUCCAGCGGCAACAACGGCCCAGCGCCAAGCUCUACAUCCUUGCUUUUGGGAGGAAACAACAAUUCUGGCAGCUCAUCUGUUGGUGGAGUCGCUUUUGUGGCAGGAGCAAACUCAGCAUCCAGAGCCUCACCCAGUGUCUCCAGUGGAGGCCUAUACAGCGGCGAUUUAGACGGUGGCGGUCCCCAACUGGAAGGUGGUGGUGGUGUUCUAGGGGGAUCUGGAUUAGGAGGACUUGGAGUUCUAGGUGGAUUGCAACAGAAUUCGUCAGCGAAUCGAGGAUCAUCGACUUUGUCGGUUCAAUCCAGGUCAGCACCUUCAACAACGAACAACAACGCCCCUGGAUCGGUGGGGUCAGCUCCAAAUCCUUCAUUAGGACCCAGCUCGGCAGCAGGGACAGCUUUGAGUGGAGACUACGGACUUCUUGGGUUGCUUGGAGUCAUCAGAAUGACAGAUGCUGAUAGAAAUAGUCUAGCACUCGGAUCAGACCUGACGCUGUUGGGCCUGAGCUUGGGAUCCAGCGACCAAAUUUAUCAAACGUUCUCGAGUCCAUGGACAGAGAGCGUCUCAUCAAAAGAACCCCACUACCAGCUACCUGUGUGUUACUACAUGCAACCACCGGCGCUGAAAACUGGACAUCUAUCAAAGUUCCAACUGGAAACACUGUUUUACAUUUUCUACGCGUUACCGAAAGAUGUCCUGCAGGCUUAUGCAGCUCAAGAGCUGUACACAAGGGAAUGGCGGUACCAUGCAGACAACAAGCUAUGGUUCAAGAGAGCUGGGUCGGCAGACGGAAUUCCAAACGCUACCAGUGGUGUCCCACAAUAUCUCUACUUUGAUAUCAACACUUGGGAAAGACGCAUCUUCAACGGAAGCAUGAACCAAAACUUCACUAGUAGCUUCCUUUCAGAAGAAAGCGUACGAGUGAAGUUCUCAAACCCAUGACCAAUGUCUCUCUCGUCCUGGUUUGAUUUCUGGGGUCUCUUCCUCCAGUGUCUUCUUCGCUCAUGGGCUAAGCCGCAGAAAUAAUACAGUACAUCAGCAGACAUUUCGCCUCUUGGGUAGUUGUAGAAUCCAUGCCCCGCUCGCACCUCAGUGCGAAAGGGCGUCCAGGAGCUGGAUUACGAAGUCGUUGAGGAGACCAAAGAAUCUUCGGAUGGCACGGCAUUUCCUGCUAUGCAUCCUAUUUUAGGCUUCGAU